AUGGCUGAUCUUUCACUUGGUCCCUUAAGGAUCGCCAAUCCAGAUGAUGCCUCUCCCGACACUCCUUUACAGCUUCAUGCGCCUCCCCAAUCUUUCCCAAACAUAUCGCCUUUGUACGACCCUGAUGGGAGGACUGACUACCUCUCCGCUGCGCCUCAACGUUCGGACAGUCCAGUCUCCCCAUUGGGAACCCCGGCAGAAAGCAUUCCACGAUCUUCAACCACAGGACUGCCAUCCUCCGUAGCGUCGGCACAUGCUCCUACAACGUACACCCAAAACAAUCAUCCGCCCGAGCGAUCCACGCAGCGACCGAAUAUUCCUCCUACAUAUCAAGAACAACAACAGGCCCAAUUCUCUCAGCAACCAGCCAUGAUUUCGGCGAAUCGUCCUGGGUCUGCAUACUACACACAGGUGCCUGUCAAUGGCGCCACAGGUAAUGGAGUCUCUAGACAAGGGUCAUAUAGAGUCCGAAGCGAUGGUUCUGAGCCUUCCGCGUUCCCUCAGCGAACGUCGUCGAAGCGAAUGGGAGUAGGAGAGGUCGCCGGGGUUCCGUCAAGAGACGAUGCACACACUGAGCGAGCAUACGGCCAAGGACAGUAUACGCCGGGAAAUGGACCUCUCCCUCCGCGGAAAACAUCUCGUGGCGUAGCUUCUGGGCGUUUGGGCACUACGCCAACUGGGAACACAGUAUUAUCUACAACCCCGAAAUCGAUAUCAACGCCUCUAUCUAGCUCCCCGUACAAUCUCGAGGAUCGCCCGUUGACGAGCGCAGAUGAUUGGCAGGAACGUGGUGCUGCUGUAGGAGUCAAAAAGGAAUAUGAUGCAGAGGGUCGGCAGGUCUUGAAACCGGUCAAGAAGGGCGUGAAAGAUUUCAACUUUGGUCGAACCCUGGGGGAAGGAUCUUACAGCACGGUGCUUGCGGGCCAGGAUCGUUCGAAUGGGAAAGAUUAUGCCAUCAAAGUGCUGGACAAGAGACACAUCAUCAAAGAGAAAAAGGUCAAGUACGUCAAUAUAGAGAGAGAUACUCUCAACCGGCUGACUGAUCACCCGGGCGUGGUCCGAUUAUACUACACUUUCCAAGACGAAAGGUCACUUUACUUCGUUCUGGACCUCUGUGCUGGAGGUGAGCUGCUUGGAGUUCUGAAGCGCAUGUCCACAUUCGACGAAGAAUGCACCCGGUUCUAUGGUGCCCAAAUACUCGACACGAUUGAAUACAUGCAUAGCCGUGGAGUUAUACACCGGGACUUGAAGCCCGAAAACCUGCUACUGGAUGAGAACAGAUACAUCAAAGUGACAGACUUCGGGACCGCCAAACUCUUGCCGGAGAGGAAGGAUGCGCACGGGAGAGUUGAAUUUGAACCAGACUCGACUACCUCGGAGCACCGAGCAAACUCCUUUGUUGGGACCGCCGAGUAUGUGAGCCCGGAAUUAUUGACAGACAAGAAUGCGUGCAAAGCCAGUGAUCUCUGGGCGUUUGGCUGUAUUGUAUACCAACUUCUGGCUGGGAGACCACCAUUCAAGGCCACCAACGACUACCAGACCUUUCAGAAGAUCGUUAACCUCGACUACGAAUUCCCCCGAGGAUUCCCAGAUCAUGCCCGCGACCUCGUGGAGCGCUUACUCGUCCUGGAACCACAAAGGCGGCUCUCUCUUGAGCAUGCUAAAAACCAUCCCUUCUUCACUGGCAUUCAAUGGGGACGCGGACUGUGGCAACAGAAAGCACCUCGCUUGAAUGCUUAUGUCCCCCCAGCUCAACCGCGCAUCAAACUUAACGGAAGCAGUGCUCAAAGCAGUUACCCGCCAGAUAUUGGGCCUGCUCACAGCACACACUCCACAAUGCUUCCUCCCAAUAACCAGAAACCUCAACCGAGGGUUAUAACAGAGCUACCGCCACCAAGUCAGCUUGAUAUUGAGUGGUCUCCAGUGCUUACGAGAAACAACGAACGAAUACUCAAAUUGGGAAACCUUUUAGUCGUGUCGUCCAAUCCUCACAGUCCGCACGGCAACGAGGGUGGAGGGAAAUUCUCAAGGUUCUUUGGUGGUGGGAGAGACAACAAAAAGCGACAAAGACUUGUCAUGAUUACGUCUAGUGCUCGAAUCAUCAUUGCUGCUGCUGGAGGCGAGGAGAAAAAGUCAAAACAAGAGAUCUCGUUGCUAUCACCUGGGACCGAGUUCUCGAGUGCUACGGAUCCUAAGGGGGUGACGCAGUGGAUCGUCAAUACCAGAGACAGAAACUUCGUCUUCGAAGAUCCUAAGCCUCCCUCGAACGAUCCAAUGGCGACCGCUGUCUCGGCACAAGAAUGGCUGGAUGCUCUGGUCCGGGCUCGUGAGAUUGCCAUCUCGUUACAAACUUCGAGCAACAACUACUCGGCGGACGAUUCCCUCAAUUUAUCCUCUUCGGGAUUGUCGAGUCAUGCCAGUACUCUUGACCAAGCUACCGACCUGAGUCCGCACUCCGCAAGCCAUGGUCAUUCUGGUCGAGCAAUUCUGCACAAACAAAAUUCCGGAGGCGAUGCAGAAUCACUCAAGGGAAGGAAGCGGUUCAGUAAGCGUCAAUCAAAGAGCGGAUUGACUGCUGUCUUCUAA